AUGUCAAGGAAGUACUACGAAAAGUUGCUCGGCGAAAUACAAAACCAGUCCAAGCCUGUGGAGUCGAAAUAUGGCUCCUACAUUAUGCAGAAAUUUGGAUGGGCCAAGGGAAAGGGCCUCGGGAAACUCGAAAAUGGGGACGUGAGCAUCAUGAAAAUUAGGAAGUACGGAGAGCACGGCCUAGGAUAUGAAGAACGCCAAAAGAAAGAAGACGAAAAGGGAGGCAUGUGGUGGGAAGACAUGUACAAUAAUUGCGCCAAGAAAAUAAAUCAAACCGGAAGUAAAGCCUCCCUCCCCACCACCGAAGAAAAACCGGAAAGGAAAAAAAAUGAAAAUAUAAAAUAUUCCAUUUUUGUUAAAAAGAGCGAUACUUCAUUAAAUUCAGCAAGUGAUAAAUGUAUGUCAUCCAACUGGGACGACCAGGCUUCUACCCAUGAGAACAAUUCUGAGAAGAAGAAUGCCAAUGUAGAGGGGCAGGGGGAGAAGAUGAAGGGAGGGCGUACAGAUGGUCCAAAGGGCAGUGAAGCAGGCAGUCAGAUAAAAUCCAGUGGGGCUAACCUCAACUGGAAAAUAAAAACCGGUAAUGCAUUAAUCAAUAAGGUGAAUAUAAUCAGUAAGGUAACGAACAGGUCGAAAAAGAAGAAGAAGAAAUGGAAAGGGCGAAAUGUGUGGGGGAAGUGCAGUGCCAAGUGGAAAGCCCACGGGAAUCGAACCUCCGUACAGAGUCAUCCUUCCUCGUUUGAAAAAGGAAACAUUCAAAAGGGGAAAAUUUUGAAUCCAGGGUGA